UUGGGAAGAUUCCUGCAACUAUCUCAGCCCCAAGCUCCUGUGGGGUCAGCUGAGGCUUCCGUCAUGAUCACGUGCAGCUCAGCAUCUCCCUCUGCCCAGCGAGGCCACCCCAGCAGCCCUCACCUCACAUCCCUGCAUCAGACCCUGCCUCCUGGGAACCCACGGGAGAGGGGCCACACGGGCCAUGGUCAGGACCGCGGGAGGAAGAGGAGUUGGUCUAUCUGCCUUGCACUGGUUCCUGCUCUCUGCCUUCACUAGAAAACCGAUCCCAUGUGCACACGAGAAGUCUGAGGAAGGCCAGGGAGUCUGAGAAAAUGGGGUGCAUGAUACCACCCCGGGGCACAGCAAGAGCUCCACGAGGUCCUGGCUCCUCGGACACGGGAGCUGGUGUCCAGCUCCCCCACCUUGUUGCCAUCUGCUGGUUCCUGCUUCCCUUCUUCGACUCCAGAGAAAAAUCUGCAUCUCUCACUGAACUUUGAGGAGCUCGGGACCAUCACUGGGAACGUUGUAGAUGACGGGGCUUGCUUCUGCGGAUGUCCUGAUGUUCCUUCUGUUCAGCUGCAGGCAGGGGCACAGUGCAAAUCACUACCUCUUCUAAGAGGCAAUCUGGACCACUUCUGUCCAGCUCUGAACAUGUCUCUCAGGGCAUUGUGGGCGGUAAAAACCCCAUUCAGAUAGAUCUCCCCUGGGUCCCCACCAAUGCUUCCUGACCCCUGCCCUCCCCCAGUGUACUUUCUGUGUGGGAUGCUCCUGGCUCUCGGCUAAGAGGACGGGCAAUGUCCGGUAUCAGCCGUGUCCCUCAUUUCCAUACCUUGCUUUAUGAAGGCAUGUAAAUGAGUUCAAACCUUCUUUUGAAACGUGUAGGUGGUGUUUGCUCUCACCUGCGACUCAGCAGCCCUACUUCUGGGUACGCAUGCACCACAGGGCAUGUGCGAGACUGUUUGCGGUCAUUCCGGGCCCAGCAACCCAAACCGGGAACUGCCCUCAAGACUGUGAAUCCCAGAAAGGAGACAUCAUGGUCACAUGUCGCCACAAUAAACAUUGAUAAGGAGCUAUGGGCUGUAGCUAAGCAGGGCCCACGUGAAGGAGUGCCACAUGAAGGAGUCUGCCCUGAGAGCUGCCUACUGCACCAUCCUGUUCCCAGAAAGUCUGAAAUUUGGGGCAGAAUCAGUGAAUCUGUGUGGAAGGCAGUAGUGGUGCUUUGUGUCAGGGUCCUGGGGCCGCUGGGACAGAUCAGCAGAAGCAGGGCCUUCAGCAUCAGACAUUUACCCCUUGCUGUCCUGGAGGCAGGGGCAUCUGCAGGGCUGGGCUCCCCCGGGGCCCUAGGGGAGGGACCUUCCUGUCUCUCGCAGCUCCUGGGGGCUCCCAGAGUCCUGUGGUUGGAGGCUGUGUCCCUCUGGAGUCUGUCUUCCCGAGGCCUCUCCUCUGUGUCUGUGUCCAAACUUCCCUGUCCCUAUGAGGACACCCGUCCUUGGAUCCAUGGCCGACCCGACUGCAGCAGGACCUCAGUGUAUCUUAAUUACAUCUGCAAAGACCCUGCUUCCAAAUACGGUCCCAUUCUGUGGUUCCAGGUGGGCGUGAGCUUGGGCGGCUACUCUUCACCCCAGGACCUGCCUGAGGAGGGCCAGGACAGGGGAGGUCCUGAGGGUGCUUCCGCUUGCAGGUCACGUGCUGGUUUUGGUUCCAGGGCAGCAACCUCGUGGAUCCCAUCAAGCCUUGAACUCCAAGGGUACGAGCUGCGUACAGAGCGUGCACAACACAUCGAUGACACAUUUACAUGACAGAAGAGGGCGGCAGAAAAUCAACCCCAAAGGAAAUAUGCACCUGCUCAUUCCACAGUUUCCGGGGAUUGGGACGCGGCGUCCUGGGGGCUCUUAUACAGCCGACCUCUUACCUACCUGGCAUCUGAGAGAGAAGGGCAGUCUGGACAGGGCCUUGGACUCAUCUUGCUCCAGGAUGUCCGGCCUCCCACUCAGCACGACUGUGGGUGAAGUUGGCCUGCUGGACAGUCCCGCCCGAUGAAUCCAUUAUAAACAGAUUCUGCGUGGAAAGGGAGGCUGAGAAAGGGCGGCCUGCUUCCUCGUGUGCAGCGGACCCUCCAGGGACGGGCUCUGGGCAGACGAAACCUUGUCCCCAAGGAAGAUCGCUUCUGUCAGGAGCUGCAUCCAGGGGUGGCCUACGUGGUCAGUCGCUCACACAGACCGCAGGAGAAGCUUCUUUGCUCACAGUGGGGAGAACACAUAGGCCCCCAAUGGUCUCUGCCUUCGUGUCCUGCUGUAACGAAGCAGCACACACAGCGUGCUCAGCCACAGACACGACCUCGCUCGGGCUCUGGAGGCAGAGGUCUGACAUCAAGGUGUCCACAGGCUGCUAUGCUCCCUCGGGAGGCUCCGGCGCGGCCCUUCCUGUCACCGGCAGCUGGGCUGGCUCUGCACCUCGUGGCUCAUGGCCGCAUCCCUCUGAUUAUGGCCUCCAUCCUCACGUGGCCGGUCCUGUGUUUCUGUGUUUGUGUUUCUGGUUUCUCUUAGAAGGACACCGUCCUUGGAUUCAGGGCCCAUCUGAGAUCCAUACCUUAAUUACAUCUGCAAUAUCCUUCUUUCCAAA